UUUGCGCCUUUUCGAUGGCGCCAAAAAUAAAAACAAUUGUCAACCGUUCAGCAAACGUGGGAGAAUGAGUGGGAAUGUAAUUAUUUUCUCGGCCUUGAUUUUCUCUACUUAUGGUUCCUGUCGUUAGCAUCAGUUGAAUUGAAAAUCGUGUUUAUUUGGGAUUUUGGCUGCCGUGUAUUGAAGCAUCAGCUAUGGAGGUUCCAGAGGAAGUCCAUCAUGUCCAGAGGAUACUCUCUUCAAUGCAGAAGACUCUGGAGUGCAGGAUAUGUCUGGACCUGUUCGAUGAACCCUCACAGACCAAGUGCGGCCACACGUUCUGCACCGAGUGUCUCCACCAGCUGACCAAGAAGCCGGCGCCCUGCCCGCUCUGCAAGGAGCGGCUGACGAGGCGCAGUUUCGCCGCCGACCGCCAGGCGGCAGCACUGGCCACGGCCGUCCGCCGCCUGGUCGCAGCAGUACAGGAGGACUGUGGCUUCAAUGUGUCGCCGUCCAAGUUCCGGCCUCGCCCGAGUAUCGAGGCUACCGAGACAAACCCUGCGCGUCAGACGGUGGCGCCGGAGACGAACGCGGCGCGUCAGUCCGCGGCGCCGUCCGCCGGCCGGUCCUCCGCAGCCGAGCAGCACAGCUCGGCAGCCGCCGGCGGUAAAAAGGCAGCUGCCAAAAACGUGCGCACCACGGGCCGGGGCCGCCACCGGCGCUCGCCGCCGCGGCACGUCUACUCGCGCGCGGCGGCCGUCGCAGACGACGAGCUGGACCUCCUCUCGGCCAGUCAGGUGCUCGAGUUCGACGGAGAGCGGGUGGGCGAGUCGCUGGCUCCGCCGCCGCCGCCACUGCCUGCCGACGCCGAGCGGCGGAUCAGCGGCAGAACGCGCGUCAACCUUUGGAUCGGCGAGGCUCGGGAGGCGGGGUUCGGGAUCUCCGAGGUGGAGAGCCCGACGAUCGCCAAGCUGGACAAACUCCGUGAGAGGGAUGGGGGUCGCCUGGAGCGCCGUCUGAUGGAGGAGAAGCGCCGACUGGGGGUGGCCCCCCUGGACGACGCGGAGGGCGAGGCCGACAAGGAGAAUCGACUCGAUGUGAGCGGUGCCGAGGGGACCGUCGGCGGCAAGGGCGACGCCCGGAGAGUGGUGGAUGAGAGUGUUGAUGACGGGGACUCGGCCAGAGAACAGGGCUCGACGCCGGCGCCAGCCGCCGCGAAACGCUUCUUCAAGGCGCGGGCCUCCGCCGCUGAUGGGACGACGUCGGGGGAGACGCAGACGCAGACCCAGACGGAAGGAACGGAGACAGCCGAGGAGGAUCCCUACUUCUUCAUCAGCAGUCAGCGCACGCCGCCCAAGAAGAAGAAAAAGAGGCAGCAGCGGACCGACAAGAAGACCAAGCCCUCCGCUGCCAAGAAGCUCACUGUGACGAAGAAGCCCCGGGCGGCGGGCGCCGGUCCCUCGGACGGACCGGCCGCCGAUUUCGACGAGCUCGACGCGGAGGCGGCGGCCAGUCGCCGUCGCGCUCCGCCCCGCCGCGCGCGUCAGGCGGCCGUCCGUGCCGCCGAGUUCCUCGCGCUGCCCGGAGAUACCACCCUCAGCCAGGAGAGCGCCGCCGACUCCGACUUCGAGCCUCCCGUGCCGAAAAAGACCCGGCGGGACGCGCCUCGCGCCACCACCCGUGUCGCCGCUAAACCGGCCCCGGUGACGCCGAAACUGCAGCUGGCGCGCGCUGAGCUCGGCACCGCCAGCCAGGAGGUACGUGUCAUCCAGGAGUUAUUUGAUGACGCCGCGCCGCCGCCGGGUCAGGUGACGCCGCGCGGCGGCCACCGGGACACGAUGACACGCGCCGAGGCGCUCAGGAAGAGCGAGGCGUCGGAGCAGGAGGAGGCGGUGACGCCCAAGUCGGUGACGUUCAGCGAGGAUGUCACGGUGAAGGAGAUCCCGCGGAUGUGCCGGGAGGCGGCGGAGAAAGAGGGGAUAGACGGGGAGGAGAUGAGGGGAGUUGCGGAGGGAGAGAGGGAGACGGACCUCCCGGAACGCCCAGUUCAGACUUCACAGACGGGAGGCACCCGGUCGCCCAAACCCGGCCAGCCAGAGCCGUACACCACAAAACAAGGAACACCGAAACUACAAGCAACCCCGCGGGAGACGUCCAAGCCUCCGACGUCAAACCGUCUGUCUGCUGAGAAUCCUACGGCAGCAGGGGAGAACGCUGGGGUUUCGACGGCCGCUGAAGAUGACUCUCUGGCCACCGACCACCCCGGCUCCUCUCAGUGUGACCUGAGUGCCGGCGAGCUGGCAGCCGCGGGCCUGCCGCCGCCAGCCGCCGCCCGCUCGCCCGGCUGGUCGCGCCUGCCUCGUCUCAAGACCUCCUUCGGCCUGAAAGCGGAGCUGAACGUGAAGGGCGGCCGGCGCACGCCGACCAAGGAAGACCGCCACUCGGACGGGCCGCCGCCCAUCGUCCCCUUCGACGCGGCCGACGACGCGCCGCCGUCCCCGACGAGCCGAAUCGACGAGGAGGUGACUGCGUCGAGCGGCGACGAUGUGGCGUCGGAGGGAUUCACGGCGAGCCAGCCGAAGCGGAUGGGGAAGAAGGUGCGACAGUAUCGGGAGGCCGUGAAGGAGCUGGAGGAUGAGGUGAUGGCGCUAGAGACAGAGACAGAGUGCGGAGGAGGGGAGAGGGCGGGAGAGGUGGUGCCAGAGACAGAGCUGGAGAUGAUAGAGGACGGACCAAACUGUCCAACUGACGCUGAUAUGGAUCGGCAGGAGGCGUCAGGCGGGGCUGUGGAUUUGGCGAGUGGAGGGGGAGAACUCUCAGACGCAGAGGACGUGGUUGAAUUGGAGGGCACUCCGCCGCCCCUGCUGUCGCCGCAGGAACCGCCCUCUGUCUCAGCGCCCCGACCCCGCUCCUCCCGGUCCUCUGCCCCCUCUGCCUCGGCCGGCGAGCGUCAGAAGACCCGACUCAGCUCCCGCGGAGCAGUUCCCAGCGCGGAGAGCGAGUCACUGCUCCGCGAGUCACCGCGGCCGGCUGACUCCCAGAUGCCCGCCAGUGAGUCCGUGAUACCCAACAGCGAGGCAGUAGCUGUCGAGCCUCCGGCCCCUGCGGAACGAACCCGCGGCCGCGGCGCGAGCGGCGAACGGAUGUCUGCCUCUGAGAAAGCACCUACGGGACACAGAAGCAGGACUUCCACAGAAGCACACACGAGCCCUGGAACGAAGAUCUCGCCGGUAGCAUCUGUAGCGACAUCGGCUGAUAUGUUUACAAAGGCGUCAUCAGCAAAGUCAGCAUCUCGAGGCUUGUCUGGGGGAACAUCAGACUCCCCCACCGCGGUGUCAACCCCUACACCCUCAGCUGCGGGAUCUGCGGCGCCAGUACCGGGGCCUCCAACCUCCAGAGCGGUGCCUCCCGACUCCAGAGCGGCUCCGCCCGACUCCAGGGCGGCUCCUCCACCCGGGCCGCCUCCCCCGGACUCUGAGGACUACCAGGUGGAAGUCGGCGUGCCGUCCGCCGGCCGGCGCCGCUCCGGCCGCAGUCAGUCUGGUCGGCUGUCCCGCUCCAGUCCGCGGGGGUCGGCGGCACGCGGCGCGGACAGAGACGCUGCUGAGGACGAACAGGCGCCCGCUGCCCCGGCUGUCUCCCCGUCGGUCCGCCGGGCGGGGGCGGGGCCGGGUCGGCGGCGGGCGGUGCGGGUCCGCCGGGCGGUGCCCAGCCGCCGGCUGCUGGUCCGACUGCUGGCCGGCCAGCGGCGACUCACGGCGCUGGUCGGACGGCUGACCAGUGAACUCAGCAGGGCCAGCAGCGCGCAGACGGGACCGGCAGCGGCCGCCGGCGUGCAGGCCGUGCUGGCGGCCGUGGCGCAGGCGCAGGCGGCCACCGCGGCGCUCAGGUCUCCGUCCGCCCGUCGGUACUCCUCUGCGCGGGCGGCCGCCGGCGGCGCCUCCCUCUCUACCGUCACCCCAGCGUUCAGUCCGUCCCGCCGUCGGGAGUCCGCCCGUCGGACCACCCCCACCGCCACUGCUGGGGCGGCGGCCACACCGGAUAGGAGAGAACCCAAGAAGGCAGUCGGAGAGCCAUCCCCUCGACCUUCGACUCGAAAGAGCUCCGAGAGUCGUGCGGAGUCGAGUCAGACGGCUGAGAGUCAGUCGAAGAGUCGGAGUCGGUCACGGAGUCAGCCGGCGGCGGAGGUGGAGGUUGUAUCAGCGGGCUUACGCCGGUCACCCAGACGUCCCCCGGCCCCCGGCGCCUCGCCCCGCACGCUGCGGACCCGGAGCAGUGCUUCCUCGGCCGUGCCACCGACUGUAUCCACUCCCAGCGGCGCGGGACUGGCUCUGGAGCCUCCGCGCCGAUCCGCGCGCCGCUCCCUGGCUGCUGAUGUUGACGCCGAGGCUGCCCCCGCUGCUGGCGGCGCUGCUGCUGCUGAUGCCGCUGCUGCUGAACGCUCGUCUGAACUUCCCGCCGGGGAAGAUCUCGUGCCGCCGUCUCAGUCCUCCCCCUCGCCUCGCGGUGAGCUGAGCGCGCUGAUGCGGCAGAACCCAGUCCCUGCUCCCGAGUCGGCUCCCUCCGUGGGUUUCCCUCCUGACAGUGAGGAGAUAGGCCCGAUGAGUGUCACACAGUUCGACCGCGUGGCCAGGGAAAUGGCGGAGGAGGCUGCUCCGCCCCCGCCCCGCGAUCUCUGUGACUUGGACACGGAGGAGGUGGAUCAAUUGAUGGAGGAGCCUCCUGCGCCGCCGCCGAGAGAGACGACCGAACGGGAGAGGGAUGAGAGUGAGACGGCGGCGCCACCAGCGGACCAGAGCAGUCAGGCAUCAGCGCCGGGGGAUGAGGCAGACACCAAGCGCCGCUCGGGCAGCGUGGGCUCGCAGAAGAGAGCCAGCUCCCCGCUGGGGUCUGCUGUGGGGAGUAAAAGGCCCCGCUCCCAGCCUGUGACCCCAGCCAGCGCCGCCAAGGGCUCCAAGGAAGAUCCAGAGGUGGUGUCUGAUGAUGACGAAGAUUUGUUGUCUGAAGGAGGCUCUCUGCAGGUGAUUCAAGACGAUGCGACUGGUACGAAGAAGCUUUCAUCGACCGAAAGCAAGCGUCGCACGCUAUCCAGUGACGCUGAACCUGAAGACGAAGCCAUGGAAGAUGAAGAACCCAUUGAAGAGGUGGCUGAAGUCUCAGCGGGCCGCCGGAGUGCGGAGGGCAGCGGCAGGGAGCGGCCAGCCGGGACGCCGGGAGCUGGCGGCGGCAGCGGUUCCACCACCGACUCACCAGUUUGCCGCGCCCCGGGCCGACGGGCCGCCCGAAUCUCAGACGAUGAGGCGGAGCCUGACCCGCCCAGAGAGCUCGAUGAGUUUGCCAGUGACGCAGAGGACCGCGAGGAGAUCGAGCGGCUGGCCGCCAUGCCGGUGGACGAGUUCAUUCGCGAGAUCCAGGGGGAGGUCUGCGGCGCACCGGUGGGUGAAUCCACUAGGCGCCUGUCGGAGGAGGGAGAGGAAGAUGGAAGACAGGACCCCCGCGGCGAGAAAUCCAUUACAGACAGUAUACUGCAGCAGGUGGACCUCCCCCCGGCGGACGAGUCCAUCUGCGAGGUGCCGGCCGACUCCAGCCUGGCCGUCUGUGAGGACGAGUCUAUGGUGGAGGGCGAGAUGAGGCAGUCUCGCCCCUCGGCCGGCCGCUCGCUGGGUGACAUCGACCCGGACCUGGCGGGCGCGGCCGACCCGGCGCCGCCUGGCUCUCAGGAUUCUCUGGCAGAGAUCGUGGCGAGUAGUGGUGAAGUGGUGGCCUCUCCGGGCCGCGUGGCACACCUGGACACAGUGCUGGUGACGCCCGGGGGACGGCGGCGCUCGGCGGCGGCUGCUCAUCUCACCAACUCAGCUCACUCGGCUCAGAGCUCAGCUCACUCGGCCCAGCAGUCGCCCCGGCCAGCGCGGCGCUCCGGGCGGGUCAUGAGCUCUGUCAAAAUGACGACCGAUACCCCGACCUCCACCACCAGUAGAACGAGAAACUCUGGCGAUAAGCCAACACCGCCGAGAGCAGAGACAAACCAGACGCCGACUCGGAGUAAACCAACUCCCAGAGCUGAGUCCAAGACAUCACCGAGACCCGCACCGACUCCGGAGGCUGAAUUGUCCGCUAAGGACCGCUUGCCGACCACCCCUGCCCAGCCGGCCCCGGAGUCGGACCUGAUCCCUAGCAGCCCGGUCGGGCUGGAGGGCUCCCCGCCGCGCCGGCGCAGCGGCCUCUCGGCCAGCUCCCCGCCGCGCCGGCGCAGCGGCCUCUCAGCUCGCUCUCCGCCGCGACCGCCGGCAGCCACCAGUCCGAGCAGCGAGGACCUGCUCGUGCCGCCCGGCUUCUUCAACGAGAGUAGCAUGUGUGUGCCUGCGGCUGAGACGAGCGUGCGGGAUACCAGCGGGCGGGAGAGCGACACCAGCCGGGGAGGCGCGGAGCAGGCGGAGGCUACGCGUCACGAGCCGGCGAAAACGUCUCCGUCUGCCGCUGCUCCGGGUUCUGCCGCUGGUGCUGCGGGCUCUGCUGCUCCAGACCCCUCCGGUGUCCGUCGGGCGGUGCUGCCUUCCGCCGCCUCCGCCGCCUCUGACCGUACCGGCACACCCACCACCACCGCUGCUGCCGCUGGCGGAGACGCAGCAGAGGUCUCCGAGACGGAGUCUGAGGACAUGUUCUCCGCCAGCCGACCCACCGAGACAGCCGCGGCCGCCGGCAGGAAAAAGGAUAGCCCACCGCCGCCGCCUCCCCGCCCGCCACCUGUGAUGGUGGCCUCGGGCCUAAAGCGGCCCGAGCAGGAGGCCGCCCAGCGGCUGGCGGCCGCGCACGGCGGUCGCUUCCUGCGCCAGUGGCAGCCCGGGGUGACGCACGUGAUUGUACGCACCGGGCCGCGCCUGGAGGCCGGGCGCACGCUCAAGUUUCUGCAGGGCGUGGCGGCGCGGGCCUGGCUGGUGGCGGCAGCCUGGGUGGAGGAUAGCCUCGCGGCAGGACGACUGCUACCGGAGGAGGAUUACGAGGCGAUUGACAGCGCCACGGGCGAGCCGGGGCCGCGGCGCGCCCGCCAGACGGGCGGCGCACUGUUCGCCGACUUCACCUUUUGCUGCGUGGGGCCGUUCAGAGACGUCACGAUGGAACAGCUGGAGUCUCUGAUUGGUCAGUCUGGCGGCGCGGUGGCCUCCUCGCCGGCGGCGCUGGCCUCGGCGCCGGGUCGGGUGCGGCUGAUAGUCGCUCAGGAGGAGUGCGACCACGACUUCUCCGGCUGGCGGCGACGGCACGGCCUGCCCAGCGUCUCCUACGAGUGGCUAAUCGACUGUGUGGCCACCCAGCGCCUCUGGAGCCUGCUGGAUAACACCCUGUGCGGCGCCAGUGAGGCAGAGCUGAGACAGGCCGGCGUGCCGCCCGAACUGUGCCUCGCUGAGACACAGGAGACAGAGUACUUUGACUCAAUGGGACUGUAGAGGUGGGCAAGGUGUGUGUGUAGCCGGUAUUUUGACUCGAUGGGACUGUAGAGAUGGGCAAGGUGUGGAGUGAGUACUUUGACUCAAUGGGUCUUAGAGGUGGGCAAGGACUUGUGGGGAGUAAGUAUUCUGAUUCGAUGAAGCUGUGACAGGGGGACAGGCUGUAUGUUGAUCAAGUACUUUGCCAUUGGGAUGUGAAAAGCGUGUUUCAGACGCACAGAUAAAAUGCUUCGAGUUGAUUGAAGAUAAAGUAGUUGGUCGUUCAACCACACAAAAUAAAAACUUUGACUUUGUAUCUAGCCGUGCCACCUUUUUAUCAGUGCCUGCAUGCAUGCGAAGUAAAAGUCAUUCCAGUAAUUAACCAAGUAACAUAAGCUGCCUACUUUGUCGCGAGACAAUGUGUGCGUAGUGGAGCAUUGACUCGUGCGAGGCUGUGUCAUGACUCAUGUCCACGUGCCUUAUCAGAUCUGUUGGCUCACACCCUCAGAAGGGGACUGAAGAAGGCACAUAGCGCCCAGUCAGUGGACAAUCAGGCUGCUGCCUUGUAAAGUAAUCUUCGCUGCCUUUGCCAGACGCUGUCUUCCCUGAUGCGUAAUGUAGCGUGUAGGUCGCUGUCGCAACUCGAAGUGUAUCGCUCGCUAAGAGGGCAUAUUUCGGAGAACACCUGGGUGAAGAAAUGAAUCGCCUCUCAGUAAUAGAAGAGCUAAGCGAGCUAAACCUCGCACUGUAGUUAACCCGGGUGAAGAAGUGAAUCACCUAAGAAGAUGAGACGCUCUUGUAGAUGAUAACGCGCUCUCGGCGUGCUGAAGUCUGUUUUUCUUCCCUUAUGUAACUAUUAUAGUGCUGUGGAGCGCGGGAGCUCUAAUAGUAUUUUGUUGAUGCACGAGAUUUGUAGAUCGUUGGCUAACGACGAUACUGAACAGUGAACAUAGCCGUUGGUUAACAAUCGCUCUGUGAAUGAACGGGUCGUGUGUAUGAACAGGGUGUUUGAUGUAGCAUCUCUUCCUAGACUGCGCUGUGACAGUCGAAGGCAGCGGGUCUUCGCCACCAUUUCGAACUGCUUCGGGCUGUUAUGUAAGAAACGUAUCGCUCACGUGCCAUGCUACGUGCCUUCUCUACCCUGUCUUGAUUAGUCUUUGUUGAUCGGAUGAUUGUGCCUCUGAAAUAUACGCUAGUGUGUUUUGAG